AUGCAUCCACUAAAAAGGGUGAGAAGGUAUACGCCUAUAAAAUCAUGGAGGUUUUGGCUUCCACACUCUUUAGCUCUGGAGGCUGAUGAGCCUGCCUUAGAAUCGAGCUCUGGGGCGACGUCUAUAUUGAUCAGUCCAGUUUUGGAGAUGCGGAAACUCCAGACUGUCUUGAACAAGAUUUACCCUUCGGGGAUGAAAAGCAUGAUUGGCCACCGGAUAGUGAAAUGGUGGUGGUUCAAAGUAUUUAUUGUUACCCUAGUUUCGACGGUGAGAAGUUGGUUAAUAGACCUUUUGUCGCCGACGUCUUCCCCAGAUUGUGGGGGAGCAGAUGCAGCGGGGGCUGAUAGUGAUGGAUUAGACGUCCACAAGAAUCAAUCCAAGUUUGAGAAGGCCACAAAUCAAGAUUGGUCCAAACAUAUUUUACCCUUAAGGGAUGAGAAACAUACUCGGCCACCGGAUCGUGUCUAG